AUGCUCCGAUUAGUUUUGCUAAUUGGUUUUAUAUUUGUGAAUGGCGAAGAAGUUCAUGUUGGAAUCGUUGGCGCUGGAUUCGCUGGACUUCGAGCUGCAAAAUAUUUCGAAGAUAAUGGAGUACGGUACACGAUUUUAGAAGGAUCCGGGAGAUUUGGAGGACGAGUUUAUCCUUUUCAGUAUGGUAAGUGCUUUUUUCGGUUUUGAAAAAAAAUUAUUAACUUAGGCUAAUUUAGGCGAUGGUUUUCUUCAACAUGGUGCUGAAUACGUAAACGGUUAUGACAAUGAGAUCUAUGGAAUCGUGAAGAAAUAUAAAUUGGCAGCUGAUGAAAAUUCAUUACCUGAUGACACUCCAGAAUUUUUUGUUAAUGGAACUCUUGUACCUAAUAAUAUCAUUCGAACUUGGCAGAAAUUCACAGAUUCUCUAGAUUUGAAGUUAAUUCAAGAAUCAGAAUCUGAACCUGAAAAAUAUGGAAAUCUAUCGAUUCUCUCAAGGAUAAAUUUCCAUUUUGACAAUUUCGUUAAAAACAAUACGGUAGUUCAAAGGAACAUUGGGAUUUUCCGAAGUCUUAAAGAUCUAUACUGUAAUAGUUAUCAAAUAGAAUGGUCAUCCCCGAUUGAUCAACUUGCUAUGGAAAAUCUGAAUAUUUGGGAUGACGGGAAAGAUGUUGAGACUGUUCUGAAUAAAUAUGGAUUCAACACAAUUCUUCAACAAUAUACAUCUGCAAUUGAUAAACGAAACGUUGUGUUCAAUACAAAAGUUAUGAAUGUGGAUUAUUCGAGUGGGAAAAAGGUUCGAGUGAAGACUCAGAAUAGCACCGAUUAUUUAUUUGAUUUUGUGAUCAUCACAAGUUCCCUAGGAUAUUUGAAAAACAAUUCCAUUUCAAUGUUCACCCCUCAGCUUUCCUUGAAAAAACAAAACGCUAUCAAAAACAUGGGUUAUGGCUCGAACCAAAAGAUUUUUCUGGAAUAUUCAAGACCUUGGUGGGAUCCAGAUUCAAUCAUCGAAUCUGCAUCUUCAAGUGGAAAUCUGCUAACUUUACAGCAAAGUUCGUGGGCUUCGAAUAUUCUUGUAGCUUGGAUUGCGGGGAAAAAUCAAUUGGCAGAUUUAGAGAGGGUUCCAGAUAGGAUUUAUAAAUAUAGCUGGAUUGAUGAUGAAUUCGCGUUGGGAAGUUAUUCAUUUUUGAAAACUGGAAAUGGGGAAGAUAUUAUAGAUCAACUUGCAUUGCCAAUUUAUCGAGGAAAAAGGUUAGAUCAUCAUUCUGUUUGAGCAACAGUUGAGGUCUAAUUUUCUGAAAUUCUAAAAUUUUUCCAGCCCGAUCAUCUGUUUUGCCGGCGAGCACACUUCUCCAAAAAUGUACCAAACAACCGUCGGUGCAAUUCAAUCAGGUUUACGUGAAGCGAAAAGAAUCGUGAAAUUAAUUUGA